GUGUGCCUAAGCAAAGAAAUGCUCCAGCGCCAAGUCUCUCAGACUCCUGAAGUAGGAGCGACUCUGUAGGAGCUUCAGUACCAGUUAUCAAAGGAGUAAAGAGGCUCCCUCGGGAAUUGACCGCUUGCACAGCAGCCUGGGCAAUAAACGCACCAGAUUAUGGACUGCCUCUUCAUGCAGCGACGUUGCGAUCUGGAGCUUUUCUGAAAGGAUUCAGCAAUGCAACACUGAAGCCAACACUUCUGAACUCUGAUCAACGCUUGCUGGCUUCAUGCAGUUUGCAGGGUUGAAAUGCACCGACACUGCAACUCAUUGUAAAGCCUCGUUUUCUUCGUUUUUUUCUCUCUCAUUGCAUGCGCAGCCAAGAAUCUAUGUGGAGAUAAUACAACCUGAGACUUUUAUUUAAAAUAAAACUGACCUUCGAUGUGGGACAUCCUCUGGAGAAGAUACAUGUCUGUCAUUUCAUAAGCUCCUGGACAUUUUUAAUUGCACAUAGACACUGCUGGACUACCACCAGAGACUGAUUGCACAGACUUUUUUUUUUUUCUUCCUGCAGCUCGUGGACUUGUGCGCCCUGGAACUUUGUCAAACUUGAGAGCGUCAGGCAACUUUAAAAGAGACCACGUUUCUGAAAGCUGUGCGUAAAAAUAACAUUGGCCAAAGGUAGCCCACAUUGCCGGGCGCGUGACAUUUAAAACUUGGUGAAGUCCUCUUUUGUGUUGUCCCCUUUGCCUCUCGGGACACCUCCGGAUCUAUUCUGUAUUUUAGAAAAACACUUCAUUCCAUGCUGCUCUCGCCUCUGCCGCUGUCAUCAAGUGUAGACAGUCUGUCGUGGCUUCGAGUCCCCGGGGUAACCAUGACAACCGGAAGAAACCCGAAGUGAAUCCGAGGAGUGGGGUGAGACAGGAGAGAGACUUUGAAUAGGCUCGAGUUGUUCCUUUUUCAUGCAUUUUUUUCUCUGAUUUUUUUUUUUUUUUUUUUUUGCUGUAAAUCAGAGACAUAUCUCCUGCUGCAGAGUUUGCAUCAGCGCUUGCAAUUGACAAAGUUGAAGGAGCCCCUUAAAAAAAGCAAAGCACUGCGCUCCAUGUCAUUCAAACCCAGCCUGGUCUAUUAAAAGUAUCGCCUUUGCUCGUGACUGAACUUCUACUAUUUAUGAAGUCCCGGGCUACUCACUGCAGACAACACUGUAACCGGGAAAAGAGCUGAAUAAUUUCCACGCUGCAGAAGAGCCGGUGCGCAUUAACCAGGAGAAUGAUGGGCCUCUCGCAGACGCUGCUGGUGUACGCGCUCAUGUGCGUGCACCUGGGGGUUUCCCAGCACUACCUUCGCCUCCGUCCAUCACCCAGCGACCACCUCCCCGUCCCCGGCCUGAAGGAGGACCCCGACCCGGAGUACGACCCCCGGGAGCCGGACCUGGUGGAGAGGACUCUGAGGAAAAGACUGGGCAGUAACUUUGACCCCUACUUCAUGUCCAUCAGCUCGCCCAUGCUGGUGAACCUCUCCGCGCCAGAAGUCCAGGUGAAGCUGCAGGGGGCCAUGCCCAACGAGCUGAAGAACCUGGACCUCACAGCUACUCCCUAUGGAAAGAGGUUAAAAAUGGGCAAGAAAGCCCGGAGGAAAUUCCUGCAGCUGCUGUGGGCCUACACGUACUGCCCUGUGGUGUACACCUGGAAGGAUUUGGGCGUGAGAUUCUGGCCCCGUUACAUGAAGGAGGGAAACUGUUUCUCCGGGUCAUCUUGCUCCUUCCCUCAAGGGAUGUCGUGCAAACCCGCCAAGUCAAUCAACAAGGUUUUCCUGCGGUGGUAUUGUCAAGGCUUUUCCAAACCUAAAUACUGUACGUGGAUACAAGUGCAGUACCCGAUCAUCUCAGAGUGCAAGUGCUCGUGCUGAGCCUCUAUAAGGAGGUAUAGCGGAUGUUGAUGGAGGUGUGGACUGGAAAUACGGUUUCUAUUGCACUGUAAACUCUCUACAGAGGUGGGCACCAUAGCAAAUCUAUUUUUUUAUAUAGCAUUUUAAGUGAAAUACCAACAAUGUACAUAUUUAAGAAGAAUGCAGCUAUUUUUUCUAAUUGAACCAGGACCAUAUUUUAUUCUCAACCCUGAAACUUUUUUUUUCUCCGGGGGGAGAGGAUGUGGUGGGGUACAGGAGCACUUCAUAAGGAAGAGCUUUUUUUUUUUUUUUCUUUUUUUUUUGAUAUUUUGAAAACGGGAUUCAUAAUAUGCUACACUUCUCUAAGAGGUGAUUUUUUUUUCUCAACUGAACAUUGAUACUGACUGUUAUUUCAUUGCAUUGCUGCCUAGAGUUUUUGUAUAAUAUUAAUAUCAAUAAUAAUUAAAUUGUAAAAAAAAUGAAAAAAGUUG